AUGGCAGGCCUGAUAAGACUGCUCAGAACGCAAUUCAUCCCCCCUACAGAGCCCAGCAUCUCAUUUGCGGGAAAGACAGUGGUCUUAACCGGUGCGACAGCUGGGCUCGGAUUUGAAGCCGCCAUUAAGAUGCUGAAUCUAGGGGUCGAGUCAUUAAUCAUCGGCAGCCGAAACCUACAACGAGGUGAAGCAACCAAGACGGAGCUUGAGCAACGGACAAACAGACUGGGCGUCGUACAGGUAUGGGAGCUGGAAAUGAGCAGUUUCCAGAGCGUGAAAGAUUUUGCCGCCCGUGUUGAGAGUUUAAAACAGCUCGAUGUUGCGCUCCUGAAUGCCGGCAUCUGGAAUCGAGAGUUCACUACGUCUACGGAAGGAUGGGAGGAGACAUUGCAGGUCAAUACGCUCUCUACCUCUUUGCUAGCGCUUCUGCUGCUUCCGAAACUGCGAAGUUGCUCGACCGACUCAUCGCCAACCCAUUUGACUGUCGUCUCGAGCCAGCAGUUCGUUCGUGUUCAAGCAAAGAGUCUCCGGACGGAUGGGCCGUUGCUGGAGCAUCUGAAUGAUGCGCGACGGUUCAGCGGGCCAAAGCAGUACGGUGUUUCGAAGCUUCUUCUGGAGUAUGUUCUCAAGUCAGUAGCCGCGCAACUGCACAAUGAAAAUGGGACAGUCCCGGUUGUUGUCAAUACCGUCAGUCCAGGGCUCUGCGUGUCGUCGCUUGGCCGGCAGUACACUGGGUUGCACCACCGAUUGGUCGUUUGGAUAAUGUAUAAGCUUUUUGCUCGUACAGCAGAACAAGGGAGCCGGUCGCUGGUCAGUGCGACAUACCAGGGGUUAGAGUCGCAUGGAAGGCGUUGGCGAAGUGAUGGAUAUCUAGAUGAAUCAACAGCACUGACCACGGGAGCGGAAGGGAAGCAGUUCCAAGCAAAAGCUUGGAAAGAGAUCAUGGCGGUUCUCAAAGAACAGUCAAAUCUCGCUGUUGUAUUAGACUCCAACACCGGCGUUAGUGCAAACUAG